AUGGGAAAUUUGCCAGUUGAUCGUCUUCGAGCUCAACGUCCAUUCAUGGUAACUGGAGUUGACUUUUGUGGCCCUUUCAUGACGUCGUAUAGAAUUCGAGGGAAGUCGCCCUACAAAACAUACGUAGCAGUUUUCGUUUGCUUCAGUUCCAAAGCUACCCAUUUGGAACUCGUAUCGGAUUUGUCAGCAAACAACUUUAUAUUGUGUCUCAAAUGGUUCGUGGGAAGACGUGGAAUUCCCCAGAAGCUUUUUUGCGACAACGCAACUAAUUUCGUCGGAGCUUGUAACAAACUGAAAGAGCUCAGAGAAGCAUUUUUUAAUGAUGAAGUUGCCCAAAAAUUGAAAUCGAUUUGCUGUCAAAUGGGUCUUGAAUUCAAGUUCAUACCUCCACGCGCCUCACACUUCGGUGGAUUGUGGGAGGCAGCGGUAAAAUCCACAAAAACGUUGCUCAACAAGAACAUAACGGAGUCGUACCUUACAUUUGAAGAAUUACAGACACUGGUAGUCGAAAUCGAAGCUAUAUUGAACUCUCGCCCAAUUGCUCCCAUGUCAGACGAUCCCAACGACGGCGAGGCGUUAACACCAGGCCAUCUUCUUAUUGGUUCAUCUUUGGUGGCAAUACCUGAGCAACAUUUUGAUGUUACCAAACCAUCGUUACUUAAUAGAUGGCAACGUAUUUCGUACCUCAAACAACAAUUUUGGCAAAUGUGGUCCAGGGAUUAUCUUCUGUCUCUCCAGCAACGGUCAAAGUGGUUCACCGACGAGAAGAAUAUUAAUGAAGGACAAUUGGUCAUCAUACACGAGGACAACACACCCCCUCAGCAGUGGCUCUUGGCUCGAAUAAUUAAAACAAUACCAGGUCGUGAUGGAAAGGUUCGAGUGGUCGAGUUAAAAACGAAAAAUGGAACAUCGUGUCGCCCAAUCCAUAAAAUAGCCCCUUUACCAAGCGCAGAAGAUGUUUGA